CUAACCAAGCCGCGGCCGGGGAUAUUCUUUAAGCCUGCGACAUAGCAUUAUACUUUCCCUCCACCUGGGCUCGCUUCCGUCCAUCGCGAAACUAUCAAGGCUACUGGGAUUCUCCUCCCUGUUCAUAACCAUUCGACUGCACUAUACAGGGAAAUAAAUUAUAUAUGCUGGAGUAAUGGAGUUUUACCACCUUUCUACACUCGCCCAAAGCAAGGCUGGGUGCAACAGCCGACUUCACAUUCAACACAUCCUGGAUGCUACCUACCCGCGCGUUGAUGAAGCUGGCAAUAAUUUCUUCGCUGAAUAUGAGCGACGGGAGAGAGGGGGGGAUGUUUUUCUCUGUACACGCCCUGAUGUCUCAUUUUAGUCAACCCGCGACUCUCGAUCAACUCCUCAGCUGCAUAUGUAAAGAUUGCAGCAACGCUCGCAAUGUUACCAACUAUAAACUGCCGGUGGCGGAUCUCACGAAUGAUCUUCGCCAAGAGCCAUUAUUUCGUGGUUUCAGAGUGACAUGGCAAGCUAUACAAACUCUGCAGUCUGAUAAGUAUCGAGGGUUGAAAAUGCCAUAAGCCACAGUUGCAC